AGCAGUGGACUUCACCCUUAGAGCUGCUGUGGCCAUGCGUAUCCUCUGGGCGGGGAAGGGAAGUUCCUCAAACCCAGAACUUGUUCCAGACUUGAAAUGCUGCAGGUCCUCUCUUGUCUGUUCCAUGCCCCUGGCUUCCAGGACUUGGCAGAGGUUAGAGAUGGGCAUGGGGCCCGAUGGAGGGCAUCUCUUGACUACCCCAGGGGAUCAGUCGACUUGCCUCUGGCGGAAGGCUUUGGCCGGGAGAGAAAUCCAGGGCCCCCUUCUGAACUGCAAGGUUUGCUCUUUGCCGCCCACGGUGGGCGCUGCUGCUCAGAAGAUCCCGGGGGAAGCUUUCAGAGCCUCCGCCCGCAGUGCAGCUGGGUUCUGGCUUCUGUGUUUCAUCCAUGGGCACCGUUGUCCUCUUUGUCACUACCAGCUGUCAACAGAGCGUCUCCCCUCCUUCCAGGCCUGCUUCGCCACGUGAGUCUGGUUUCUGGAAUGAUUUUGUUCUUGGAAGCCUCUAGUUCACCUUCCCUGUCUGCUCAGCCUCAGUUUCCCUGCGUUGUAAGUCCACUCUGUGUCUGGAAAAGGGCUUCUGAAGGUCACGAUCAAAAACCUCAAGUAUUUUUCCAUGUGUUUGUUUUUCUCCUCCUGUCCCAGACCCUCCCCUUGAAGGAGUUGGCCUUGAGAGGGACUUGGGUGGGCAGCUGCCCAGACUCCGUGCACCCUGCUGAGCCCAGUCACUCCUAACCUGGAUGGGCCAGGACCAGGGGCCACUUUUCAAAGGAACCCUUUGAAGUGCAAACAUUUCCUUUCCUGAAAAGAAGGGAAAUUGAAAUGAAAACGUAUUGUUCUGCACAGACAAUGUCCUCCUUGAUCAAAGAGGGAGUGGGGUUUAUAAAGGGAGAUCCACAAAUUAGACCUUGGAGUGGCCAGGCCUUGGGGGUGAAUGAGCAUCACUCACUCUGGAGCAGCAUCCGGGGCUCUGAGAGAUCGGAGCCUGAAGUCCCCAUCGAAGCCCUUGGGCCGUCUUCCUCCAGGAUCCAGGUGCAUCCUCAGUGAGAAGGUGUAGAGUCCUCACGUCGGAUUCCAGGUCUGAGCUGAGUGGGGCCAUGGGCUGCAAGGUCCUUCUCAACUUUGGCCAGCGGAUGCUGCGGCGGAAGGUGGUGGACUGCAGCCGGGAAGAGAGCCGGCUGUCCCGCUGCCUGAACACGUUCGACCUGGUGGCCCUUGGGGUGGGCAGCACGCUGGGUGCAGGCGUCUACGUCCUGGCUGGAGCUGUGGCCCGCGAGGAUGCUGGCCCCGCCAUCGUCAUCUCCUUCCUGAUUGCCGCGCUGGCCUCGGUGCUGGCUGGCCUGUGUUACGGCGAGUUUGGUGCCCGGGUCCCCAAGACGGGCUCAGCCUACCUCUACAGCUACGUCACAGUCGGGGAGCUGUGGGCCUUCAUCACCGGCUGGAACUUGAUCCUUUCCUACAUCAUCGGUGCUUCAAGUGUAGCGAGGGCCUGGAGUGCAACGUUUGAUGAGCUGAUAGGCAAACCCAUUGGGGAGUUUGCAAAGACGCACAUGGCCCUGAAUGCUCCUGGGGUGCUGGCCGAAAACCCCGACAUAUUUGCUGUGAUCAUAAUUCUCAUCUUAACAGGACUCCUGACCCUUGGUGUGAAGGAAUCAGCCAUGGUCAACAAGAUAUUCACCUGCAUCAACGUCCUGGUCCUGGGCUUCAUAAUGGUGUCGGGGUUUGUGAAAGGAUCCAUCGAAAAGUGGCAGCUCACGCCUGACUUCCACUGCUUGAACAAUGACACGAAGGAAGGGAAGCCCGGUGUUGGUGGCUUCAUGCCUUUUGGCUUCUCUGGCGUCCUGUCGGGGGCGGCGACCUGCUUCUACGCCUUCGUGGGCUUUGACUGCAUUGCCACCACAGGUGAAGAGGUCAAGAACCCCCAGAAGGCCAUCCCCAUGGGCAUUGUCUUGUCGCUGCUGAUUUGCUUCAUCGCCUACUUCGGGGUGUCUGCGGCCCUCACACUCAUGAUGCCUUACAUGUGCCUGGACAAGGACAGCCCCCUGCCCGACGCCUUCAAGCACGUGGGCUGGGAAGGCGCUAAGUAUGCAGUGGCCGUGGGCUCCCUUUGUGCACUGUCUGCCAGUCUAUUAGGUUCCAUGUUCCCCAUGCCCCGUGUUAUCUAUGCCAUGGCCGAAGAUGGACUGCUGUUCAGAUUUCUGGCCAAAGUCAACGAUAGGACCAAAACGCCAAUAAUCGCCACAUUGACCUCGGGCGCCAUUGCAGCUGUGAUGGCCUUCCUUUUCGACCUGAAGGACCUGGUGGACCUCAUGUCAAUUGGCACUCUGCUGGCCUACUCUCUAGUGGCAGCCUGUGUGUUGGUGUUACGGUAUCAGCCAGAGCAGCCUAAUCUGGUGUACCAGAUGGCCAGGACGACCGAUGAGCUAGAUCAAGUGGACCAGAAUGAACUGGUGAGCACCAGUGACUCCCAGACAGGCUUUCUGCCAGAAUCAGAGAAAUUCUCUUUGAAAGCUGUGUUCUCACCCAAAACCAUGGAGCCUUCCAAAUUCUCCGGGCUAAUCGUGAAUGUGUCAGCCAGCCUCAUAGCUGUUCUCAUCAUCACCGUGUGCAUUGUGGCCGUGCUCGGCAAGCAGGCCCUGGCCCAAGGGUCGCUGUGGGCCAUCUUUGUGCUCUCAGGCUCUGCCGUGCUGUGCACGCUGGUCACAGCCAUCAUCUGGAGGCAGCCUGAGAGCAAGACGAAGCUGUCGUUUAAGGUGCCCUUCGUGCCGCUGCUGCCUGUCCUGAGCAUCUUCGUGAACGUCUAUCUCAUGAUGCAGCUGGAUCAGGGCACCUGGGUCCGCUUCGCCGUGUGGAUGCUGAUAGGCUUCAUCAUCUACUUCGGCUACGGGCUGUGGCACAGCGAGGAGGCGUCCCUGGCCGCCGGCCAGGCAAGGACUCCUGAGGGCAAUUUGGACCAGUGCAAGUGACGCGCAGCCCCGCCCGCUGAGGGCCACCCCCUGAGGGCCGCCACGCCCCCUGCCCUCCCCAGCGGGGCCGCGGGACCCACCCACAUCCCCGGCGCCCCCAAGCGGGCAAUUACUUGAACUGCAGCCUCGGCCACGGCGGUUGAGGCCGGUCACCUCCAGCAACUCCUUGGCAGGGGGGUGGCCGCCAUGUCUCCUCACCCCCGCUCCAAAGCAAGCAAACAGCGCUUCUGUCGCCAGCUCUGUCCCGGGCCGCGGCGGCCAGCUUCUCUCCUCAGCUCGGGACCGCGGGCCACCCUCCCCGGGACCACGCUGGCCUGUGAACUGCGCACCCCGCGGCCGGCCACAGGCCCACGGCCCCGGCUGCUGCUCCCAGCCCGGCCCCUCCGAGCCGGACGCCCUCGGUGGGCGGCCCCUGGGAUUGCAGUCAGGGGUCUGAUUUGCAAAGGAUGCAGGGCCUCCAGCGGCGGGGAGAGUGGGGCUGGGGGCGCCUACGCAGUGCGCACGCCAGACGCUGCCCCAGCCCCGGCGGGGCUCGCGGCUGCUGGCCUCGAUCGCCGCUGGCCAUGCGUGCUGAGCCUCUGGAACGGGCGACGAGGGGCGCAGCGUUGGCCUUGGGGUGGCGGCGUGUAGAAGUCUCCAGGGGACUGUCCCAGUCACCGAAUCUCCUGGGGUGCCUAAGGUUCCCUGAGCAGGAGGCAGCUCAGUGACCUGGUGACCCCAGCCGUGGGCUGUGAGCCCCUGCGUGUGCGCCACGGGAUUCAGUCCUGGCAGCUGCGAGUCCCUGCGUCAGGUUCCCCUGGGGGCUUGGCUCAGAAAACUGGAUCGCGACCGCCCGCCUGGCCGGCCACACUCCCGCCCGCUUCAAGUGCUUGAGCCUGCCCGAGGCCCCGCCGGGACCCAGGUGUCCGCGCCGGCACGCUGUGCCCCUCCCGCUCAGCCCCCGGCGGCAGCCCUGGUUGCACGCUCCUUGGGGAGCGGGCCCCGGGUGACCUCUCUGGUGCCCUCUCCGCUGCCGCGGGAAGCACCAGAGCUGCUUGCGAAGCUGUUUCCCGCUCCUUCCCUGCUGUCCUCCCACUCGGAAAAGCCCUACACGUUGACUGCACUUGUCUCUCCGCGUGUCCCAGAGGGUUCUCGGAGAGCACUCCGAGAAUGAGGGCCACAGCCCGAGGGCCGGCUCUCCCAGGGCCCAGCCCGUGGCAGGCGCUGCCGCCUCCUGGAAGCUGCCCUCUGAGCAUCUCUGAAUGUCCCAGAGGGAGUGGCACGAAGCUCAGAGCUUGGGUUUCCAAAGAAAGAUAUUUAAAUUUAUGUAGAUUUGGUGCUGUAAAAUAUUUUGAUAAACAUUAACUUAUUUUAUUGGGGUUUUGGUUGUCUGUUGUCUUCUUAGGACCUAAUACCUGUUUUUUUCUUCUUUUUUUUGUGGCUGUUAUUUUUCUACAUAGGCAAAGAGAACUUGAGGGAAAGAGGGUGUCCAAGGACAGCUGGGGGAGGGGAGGGAAAACUUUUUUUUUCUUUUUUUCUUUCUGCCUGAGAUGUCCACAGAGGAUAGCACCUUGCAGAUGAGACUGCGGUCAGCCACGUGUCGCAUUGCACUGAGGGAAGGCGCGCUGCGUGGGUCCGCCCUCCUGAUUGUCUGGGACACUGUGGGACCGGCCCAGGUGUUGCCCUGUGGCCGCCCGUUUCUGUACCGUUGUUGGGAGCGCCCCGUACAGGACAGGGCCGGAAGCAGUGGUGUCUGGGUGAACCCCUGCAUUGUAGUUGGCUUUCUCUUAACAUCCCAGGUGCCUUCCCCUGCAAUGAAUACACACACGGGCACAAAAAAGGGACCCAUCAUUUUGCGGCUCUGUUUAUUAUUAUUAUUAUUAUUAUUAAAGAUUUAUUUUAUUUGGAAGAGCUACAGAGAAAGAGAGAGAGAGAGAGCUGGUUCACUCCCCGAGGGCUGCAAAGGCCUGGGCUGGGCCAGGCCAAAUCCAGGAGCUUCUUUUGGGUCUCUCACGUGGGUGCAGGGGCUCGGACGCUUGGGCCACCUUCUGCUGCUUGUCCCAGGUGUAUGAGCGGGGAGCUGGAUGGGAACUGACGCGCCCGGCUUGGCGUCUCCUAACGUCUCUGUGCCCGUGAGAAUCAUCCUGGGUUCACAGCCGGCCCAGGAUUAUCUUGCAGGGGAAAUUUACAAUCUGCAUCAGCCGCAAGCCCACCCACCCUGGAAAGACCCAUGUGCCAUGAAUAAGGGGCCCUCCCGUCUCGCCCCCACCGUCUGUGUGCAUCCGUGACCCCUAUUCGCUAAGGACCCCAGGACCUCUGCCCCAGAGCAGGGGAGCCCCGCAGAGGCGGGGUGGGCGUGGGGCCUCUGUAGGAGGGAGAGGGACAGACAGCCUGCCGCGUGGCUCGGAUCAUCACCCGCUUUGAGCUUGUGUUUUGUGCGACAGCAAACCCUUUCCACCAAGCCUCUGCCUUCCAUCCGGCGAUCAUCCAUGCGGUCCCGCAUGCUGACUGCUGACGGGGCGGCCCCCGGCACAGCACCAGGAGGCACCAGACGGCACCUGCGGCGCGGGGGUCCUCCCGUCCUGUGCCACGCUCCCCACCUGCACGUCUGGCCUGGCGCUGGGGCAGGCAGAUGGAACUCGGGUCAUACAUGCCAUUCUCCCUAUGUCUGCCACCAGCUGGUGUUGGCGGGCCCACCCAAGGCCAGGCAGGUGGAGCUUGGAGGCGGAGCCGGGAGUACUGCAUUGCUGGCUGGGUUCCUGGGACAAGGAUGGCCACGCCCAGGCCUGGAGGCCCUGCCCCCACCCCAGGUGCCCGGGUGCAUCUGCACACAUGCACCCCCUCGACACCACGAGCACUAGGGGUGGACUCUGACUGUGCCCUGGGCUGGAUGGAGAGCUGUCACCAGGUGCACACUCCCGGGGGCUGCCGAGCUUCUGGAGGAGGGAAUUUUUGGGGAGACGGGGUGUGACUUAUGUGCAUGGAAUUGUCACUGAGUUCGUGCCAUGUUUGUGUUGCUGCACGUCAUUCAGACGGCGUCUGUGUGCUGUGGUCAUAAGAGCAUCACACGUUCUCCCCUCCCUCCCCGCAGCAAGAGCGACAUAAGCGUUUUGUCAGACUUCUGUGGACAUGUUGGAGGGAACGAGUAGCGACACACUUAACUGAUCAGGUAGUGCAAGAUAGUACCCUCCACACAUCAGCGAGGUUACGAUGCCUAAAGGCUUUUGUAAGGCCAAAAAACAGUGUCAACUGCUUUUCGAGUUCCUCUCUGGAAUCUGCAGCCUUUCUGUGCCUGCUGCUUCUUGGAGGCAUGGUGUGUUGUCUCCAGAGGGCCCUGGCUCCGCCAAAGGGUCUCAGGGCACAGGCCUGGGUCACCCCGUGAGCGGGCAGAGCUGCAGAGACCUGGGCCGGGCGGAUUUUCUCAGGGUAUGAGUGUGUGCAGCAGGGACAGGAAACAGGCCAGGAGGACACUGGGACUCUGUUAAUUUAUUGAGAUCUCUGAUUUCCUGUUUUCUCCAUCACAGACUUUUAAGUUUGGGACUUAUUUUCCCUUUGGAGACGUUGUAAUAUAUAUUUAAGAUACAUUUCCUGCUUAAGUUGUGCCUUUUGGCUUCACUGGGUUUUAGGGGCACAGGGGGUCGUGCUGCUGAAGAGGGUGGGUUUAUUAUCAAACCUGGAGCGCUGUGGUUUCCAGCAAACUGUCUUCUACUGAAUGUGGAGCCAUUAUUAGAGUUGUGCAUUUUUAUUAUGUAAAUUGUAUGAUAAUUUUUGCUUGUUUGAUGUUCUAUUUUUCUACUAGUUUUUCUUAGAGUUUCUUAAAUAAUUAUACUAGAUUUAGAUUCUGAUGCUAACUGCAAACCAGGUUGGUUGCUGCUUGGGCCCCUCUGGGUUUUACUGUAUUGUAUUUUAUUUUUUAAGGGCAAGUGCAGGUGUCGCCUCUCACCUUAAAAAAAUGUGAAACUCUUCCAUCUCCCCUUUCUGCUGACUACACUGUACAUCCACGACUUCCCACCGUGCUUUCCAUGGUCAAAAGAAAAAAAAAAAAAGCGCUAUCUCAUGCUUCCACAAAUUCUAAUAAAUGCUGUCUCUGCCUUC